AUGGAUAAAAGUGUGGUAAAAUUCAGCCACUGUAAGAAGGACAUCUUUUGUUUUUUUGUGCCUGAACAAUGCCCUGAAUGUGGUGUAAGCUUCAGUGGCAGACGGCUUGAGGAAGCUCCCGUCAGCAUCCCCAAUCCGUUCUCCAAUGGGCACAAGUCACCAUGUGCCUUUCUGGUGGCUCCUACAGAAGAAAACAUCUUAAGAGAAUUCGACGGUGGUGUUGAUCUACACACUGGAAUUACCAACACAAACGGGGUUGUCUAUAAUUAUACAAAAACUGGUGUACGAAAAGACCAUCAGGGCUGGGAACAUUGCAUCAGCAUACCUUUGGUUCAACCAGACAUGUUUAACCUCAUCAACCAGUGGGAUCAAUAUCUAGAAAAAUUCUCCUCUGCCCAAAUGUGGGACCCACUCUGGCAAAGUUUUAAUGAAGAGACUCAUAACUGCUACAGCUACACUCUAAUGUUCAUAAACUGUGUUUUGGCCACGCAGUCCAAACGGGCCCUAAGCAAGGACGAGUUUACGCAGACUUUCGUACUGCCGAGGGUAAAACGGGCGUCUAAAUACAGCAUGCUUUGUCGGGAGAUUUCCCAGAAUCACUUCUACACCGUGGACAGUCCUCAGAGUGACACACGGGAGAGUCACAGUGAGGAGGAUGAGGUCAGGACUGUGGCUGAAAGCUGA